CCCUCUCAACAUUGUGUAUUAAGCGCCCGCCAUUACAGGGGACGUGACAAAAGGGUCGGGUAGAAUUCGCUUAUUUUAUCACUAUGACGAUUCUCUAACCCCCCUAAAGCAUAGGAAAUUGACUGCUGCCCGCUAGAAGAAUGGCGGGUGGCGAGGGUGUGAAUGGUGGUGGAGGUGCAGGUAGUGCUGGUGUGUGUCCAGUAUGUGGUUGCAACCAGCCCAACCUGACACAACAUUUGUCUCGUCAUAGUAAAGAAGAAAUUAUCCGUGCCGUCACUAAUGGGCAGCCACUGCCAGAAUUAGCCAGCCGGCGGCCUCCUGGACGAACUCGUAGGCCUUCUUAUUCACUUCCAUCUGUGAAUAAUGUGGCCCCCAUCUCCCCAAGACCCACCACCAGUCAGACACCAUUGCUCCUUGCUGGAAAUCCAUCUCAUGAACAGACUUUGGGGGCCCCCCUUGGACCUUUACCUCAGGCAUCUCCUACACCUCAUCCGACCCCUGCUCAACCUGUUAGGCUAGGGUCUCUUGGACCUCUGAUACAACCUUCCCGAAAUGGCAUGCCCCUUGCAGCAACCCCUUUGCAGCAUGGUGCUACCGGCAGCAAUUACCUUCUCAUUGGUAAUAAUAUGUUUCCCGCUGGGAGUGUAAUCCCCAAUAAUUUACCUCUUGCAAACAAUGGGGUCAGCUAUCUUAUCCCUAGUUCUGGGGGGCUUAUGCUUGCUGCUGCCCCAUCAGCCAACCAAACUCUGUUCGUUCAGACACCUACCACUACAACACAAACUGUACCUGUUAAGCAUCAACCACCCACCUCUGUCUCUAUUACUGGACCAGGUACAGUUAUGGGAGGGGUUUAUAACAGUAUCCCUCGACGAACUCCUAGACCACUUUUGCCCGAGCCACCUAUCUGUUAUAUUGAGGAAUCUUGUCCUCAGCAGACACAAGAAGAAAUUCAAGUACCUUCUGUAGAGAAUUCAUACAGAUUGGAAACAAAUACAAACCAGAAUAUCAUAAAUAAUGAUAGAAAUUAUUUCAAGACAAGAAGUGAACCAGUAACUGUAAACCAGAAAGCUACCAUAAAUAUUGGUAAAAAUAUUAGUAUUUCAUUGCCCAAAGAUCUGGUUGGGCAGAAGAAUCGACUGAAAGAGAUUAUAAACCAGGAGUUAGUAAGAGCAUUAUUGAUGAAUGAUAGUCAGGAAGAGAGUGAAACUACAGAAAGUCAGCCCUCAACUAGUACUGGAAGAAGGAAAACAGACUUUUACUUUGCUAAAAGUGAACCAAUUUGCUAUGAAGUGAAGAAUGAUGUGUGUUCCUCUUCAUCUAAUACCUUAUCUGGGGAUAUUACUGAAACAGUUAUAGAAGAAAAUCCUUUGAGGAUUGAUUCAGAUAUGGGUGAUAAUGAUAAUUCACGCGAUUUUGAUGACGAACAACAACAAUAUGGUGAAAGUAAGCAAGAUGUUGAUCCUUUGGCAACACCUUUGGUUAUACCCAUCACAAGCAGGUGCAGAAAUGGUUCAGAAUUUCAAGAUUCUUCUAACAUUCAUAUAGACCCAAAUGUUCCUUCACCUGCCCGCAACAUAACCAUAGAAAAUGGUCUUGACAGCUUCACUCGCCAUGGGACAGUCAGUUCAUUUAGUAUUCCAGUAGAUGAACCAAUGGAGGUUAUUUUUGAUGAUAGGGGUCAUAGUAGCCGUGCAUCUAGUGGUACUAGCAGCACUUCUCAAGGUCAUAGCUCUAGCAUAAAUACCCGCAGUGAUAAGGUCUCUUACAAUAGGGAUAGCAAUAAGAUUUCUUUUGAGGUGUCUACAACUGUCGAUGAAAUUAAUAAUGAUGUUAAAUUAAAACGAACAAUAAGUAGAAAGGUUGAAGUUAAUGACUCGAACAUGGAUAUUGACAUGUGUAACACCUCAAGAAUAACUACUACCUUGACUCCUGUCGGCCAAACGUCUGGUAGUGUAAACCAGAACAGACAAACAAGCAGAGAAGAUCAGGAAGAUAAUAUGUUAUGCUGUGAUGAUGAUCAACCGCUGAGUUUUUUAACAUCAGAUCGCAACUUCAAUACUCUCUUGGGUGACUCUACUCUACAAGAAAUGGUAUAUGUAGACGACCAGGUCCUUGGAGCUGUCGAAGAAGUCUUUGCCGGUGAUAAUUCGUCAAAUCUACCAGGUACAAGUUCAUCUCUUGUUAAUGGAACAUCUAGUCAGAAGUCAGUCCCAAGGAAAGUGAAUAAUUCGUAUGUGACUGUGUAUGAGGAGCAGCAGUGUAUACCUCCAGCACUUGAGAGUAAUAGAGAUAAGAAACAAGAGGUCAAAUGCAAGAUUGAACCUCAGUGUAGUUCAACACAACCUAAUUCUUCCACAGCCAAUAGGACCACAUCUUAUCAGAUAACUCAAACAUCUCAAAACCAAUCUAUGAUCAGAUCUUCCACCAACAUUGUAGGGAAAUUGGAAGUUUCAACACAAGAGCAAGAGGAGGAGUUAGUAGAUGACCCAAGUUUAGUCGAGGAUUUUGGAAACGAGAGCAUGUUUCAAGAAGACCAGAUGUUUGAACGGGAAUUGAGCAGCCAGCAGACAGAGGAAGUUAUGUCUCUCAAGGCAUCAGAGACCCUGGCUGACAGUGAUAGUGAGAGAGCCACACCACAUGAAGAACUACAGGAUCUCAUGUUUUACGAUCGAAGCUGCAUGUUUGCCGGUGAGCCAGGCCCAGCGAACCUCUCCCCAAGAACGUACCCUUCAAUAGACUCCUCAGCCUUCCAUGCUCUGACCCCAGCUCUGAUCACACCUCUCGAUCAUGCAGUAGAGAUUGACUCGGGACAGCCUGGGUCAAUGUCUGGCCUGGUUGGAGGACAUACAGAAGAUGGUGUUGUAGAGAUGCCCCCUGUAGAAACCACAAUGCAUCUUUCUGCAGAUGAAUGCUGCACUGUUUUGCCACCAGAAGGGCUUAGUAUUACCCAGCUGUUUUCCUCAGCCCAUGACCCCACAAUAGUUCCUUCAACAGCAACUUCUUCACAUGUUAAUGCCAUUGUUUCAUCGGCGCAAUCACAAGUUACCUUUGCCGACUUGAUGGAAGAUUCAAAAUUAAGCUCUAAGAUGCUGGCACUAGAAAAAAGCUGUAAUAGCUUGAAUCGUCAGUUGUCUCCAAUUCCAUCAACCUCUGGUCUUCAAGGUUCAAUCCUUGUGAAGACGGCCAAAGAAGAUGAGGACUAUGAAUUUGAAUAUGAGAGUGAUUGUUAUGGGGACAGUGACUCCGAUUCUGGUGUGAUUAACCGUGGUCCUCUUGACCUUGAUCACUGGAAGUGUCUUGUGUGUAAUAAAAUGUUUAAGAGUCUAAAGGAAAAAUUACUACAUGCUGGUCAACAUUCACCCUGUGCAGAGGCUAUGGAAAAAUCUGGGGUAAUAAGAAGUGCCACUCAAGUGAAGUCUGUUCAAUCAGGGAUUAAAAAGGACACCGAGGAAGAUUCAGGCAUAUCACUUCUGAAGUGUAAGGAAGAAAUGGGUACACUUCAGGAAGAAACACGAAAUAUGCUGGAGAAUUUUGCUUCAGAUGGUGAAUAUAAAUGUCCUGAAUGUAGUCUAGGAUUUCCAACAGCAGAAACUCUACACGAGCACAGAAAGAUGGUGUUUAAGUCCCGUGUCAUAUGCCAGAUAUGUCAUAUGGUGUUCAAGAAGAGACUGUCAAAGAUAAAGCACAUGAAGACACACACUGUGGCAGACCUAAGGUGUCUCAUUUGCAAUCGCACUUAUCCAAACCGUUAUUCUUGGUCACAGCAUCAGCUCUUCCAUAUGGGUUUGGUACUCUUCGAAUGCAAGGAAUGUGGUAGAAGAUUCCAAAGGAGGUCAGAAUUAGAGGUACACUCGAGGACCCACACGGGUGAAAGGCCUUAUCAUUGUGCAACUUGUAGUGGAGCCUUUACCACACGACAAGCUCUCAAACGGCAUUUAGUUACUCAUAUGGAUGGCCAAGAGGUCGAUUGUGAUAUCUGUCAAAAGACUUAUAAAAAUAAUGUAUGUUUAAAUAAGCACAAGCUUAAGGCUCACUCAAAAGGCAAAGGAAAGACAAAGGUACGGAGGGACUUCAUGUGUAAUACGUGUAAUGAAGUUUUUCCCUCGGAAAAGAAGUUAGCAUGGCAUCAAGAAACUCACGAGAGGUGGCCAAAGAAGUGUCAACAGUGUGGAGAGUGUUUCAUUCACCAGUCCAGCUUGACCAAACACAUUCGUCAGAAACAUGACCCACACCACCAAACACCUGAUGGAAAAUCUGAAAAUAAUUCCACUUGCCAUAUAUGUUGCAAAGUAUUUAAGAAAUCUUCACUGGCGUUACAUUUACGGACGCAUACUGGAGUUAAGCCCUUCAAGUGCAAUAUAUGUAAUAAAAGUUUUGCAGUGAAGUGUAAUUUAGAUGCUCACAAAUGGGUUCAUAUGGGUGUGCGUGAUCGGCCACAUAAAUGUAAGUUAUGCGAGCGCAGUUUCCACCGUAAAAAAGAUUUAGAGGCUCAUAUACGUAGUCAUAAAAACAUUCGUCCUUUCACAUGCAAUGAAUGUGGAAAAUCUUUUAUUCAUAAAAACAAUUUGCAGCUUCAUGUACGUGAGCAUUCUGGCGAAAAACAGCACAAGUGUGCCUUUUGUGGUAAAGCUUUUUUUCGAAAGUAUAAUCUGGACAAUCACGUCAGGAUUCAUACGGGGGAAAUGCCGUAUGAAUGUACCAUUUGCCGCAAAGAUUUUACUCAAAAAAGCAACUAUAAUGUACAUAUGAAGGCAUUCCAUGUUGAGAGACAUGCUGUUCAUGAGGAACUGUAAGGAAAUCUCAAACUGAAAAGAAACUGUAUGUACAAAUGUCUAGUUUCUGUUGGCAAAGUAUUAAUCAAAUGAGAAGUUAGAGAAUGUGUCAUCAUUCAAUGCCAGAUAUACAGAAGUGUUAUUUUUCUAAAAAAAUAAAUAAAAAAAUUUAGGUAACAUGAUUGAGAGUCCAUGAGGGGAAAACGUAAGUAGAACUUCGAUAAUCUGCUGUUGUUUAGUGUUACCAUCGGCUAGUUUAAUCUUGACAUAACACUUACCUUUUCUUAGGUGAGGUACUACAUUUAUUAAGUGAUGAUAAUUCUCAGCAAGACUUUUAUGACCUGUUAUUUAUUUUUUAUUUUAAGUUUGUGAUACUGUACAGUAUGUUGCACUGUGUGCAAAAAAAAUAAUGUAUGGGUUUUAUCAGGCCCAAAUUACAGAACUAUCGGUGAAGCUUAGGUUGAAUUUUUUAACUCAUAAAAUUAGGGAAGUGCUACUGUAUUGACGUACAGUAUAUCUCCUCAAUUUAAAAAAAAAAUAGGUCUUUUGUUAUUGAAGCUUUAUGAUCUUCAAGAAAAUAACUGGCAGUUUUAGUGAAGGUUGGUUUUGGAAUUGCUUCCAUUAAUAUGUGGCUUCAGACUACACAGUAUUGAUGGUAUUGUGUUAGGAAGUCACCAUUUUAAUUAAUGCCAAAUUUUUAAUAAUUUUAUAAUGUGUAUUAUAUAGUCACAGACUAACGUGGUUCUACUUUUUAAAUAGUGAAAGGUUGCAUGAGUAUUUUAGUUUAUGGGAUACUUUUCUAAAGGAGUUUAUGGUAUAUUUAGCAAAUUGGUUCUUAACUAUUGUACAGUAUAUAUAUAUACUGUAUAUAUAUAUAUACAUACACUUUAUGAUUAUAGAGAUGUUGUAUUGUCUUGGAAUUUUAAGAAUGGUCUAAUUUUUUUAUUCUAGUUGUAACCUAAAGUAACCAGUGACACCGGUCAUGCAACGUUUUCAGAAAUGUAAUUUUGUGGAACUCAUCAGUGCAAUACGUACAUUUAAAUUUCUAGGUUAUAUGUGCAUUGUGAAAGAUCUGUAAGAAAACUUGUAUGCAGUUGAGAAAUAGUGGUUUAUAUGAUAACAUUAAGGUUGUGUAAACUUUGUUAUCAGCUCCGUAGGCUCAAGCUUAGCCUUUAUUCCUCUAGUGGUUCCUUUACCAAAACUGCCACAGAAUUAGUUACCUUAAACUGUAGAAUACAUGUUUCUUAGCAAUUUUUUGUGUGGUUUGACAAUAAGAUGAUAUGAACCUUGUAGAAGUUGUGAUGGUUAUGGUUCUUGCUAACCUUAUUGAACUUUCAUACGUCUUUUCUCGUGGACACCAGCAAGAGGUCUCCUCCCACGUGAAUGUAUCUGUAUUGUUAUGGGAUACCUGUGACUGUAUGAAUGGUGGACAUAUUUUUGAAAGAAAGCAAUUUUAUGAUUGUGAGCAUACAACUAUUUAUACUGCAUGUGAAUUUUUGUUGUUGUGCUUUCAAUGAUAAUUUCUCAACUCAUUUUAAUGCAGCAGCCUCAGCCAUACUUUUUUAUUUUUCUGAAAUUAAUUUUUAAAUUCAGAAGUUAUUUAAUAAUUCAUUUAUAGUUUUAUUCAUGUACUGCACAGUAUGUCGAAGCGUUCUUGCAGAAAUUUUAUAGUAUAUAUAAAUAGUUGAGCUUAUUUUGAUAGGUCAGUUUAUUGGAAGAUUUUAAUUAAAUCACUAUCAGACUUAGAUGGUUACCUAUUGGUUAAGGGUAUUGAUAUGUGAAGUAAAUUUGCAGCACAUUGUCUUAUGUGAAAAAGUAUACUUUAUUACUUUAGGUUACUAACAGAAAUGCAGUUGGUUUUUACCACAUGUUGGUCAUAAUUAGAACUGCUCAUAAAUACGUGGUUGGCAUGUGUACUAAAUCUAUUUAGUUGUUUUGAAUAGCAUUAUUUUAGGUCUUAGAAACUUUCCUCUGUAUUUCUCCAUUGAUAUUUUAAAUCAGUUACUGUACAGAUUUGUGUAUAUACUAUUAUAAACCUUUUAAUUUUUUUUAUCAUCAGUGUAUUUUCUACAAUGCUUCACAUACGCCAUUGGUCUAAUUAUUAAUACUGCGUUUGAAGAUGUACCUUUGUGUAUAAUACUGUACUGGUAACUACAGGGGUAAUGGGAAGUGUUGUAACCUGUUUGUCAUUCACAGCAGCUGUUCAAAUGGUGGAAGGCAUGAACCAGCAGUUAUAAUUUUGUUGAGAUUAUCUAAAAGGCAAGUUCCUUAUAGAGUACUGUACUUGAAGGAAUGAAAGCUGGUGGGUAGAACUAGUUGUGGCCAUUAAUUGCCAUCUCUGUCACCUGUCUGUUGUAUGAAGUGUGUUGUUUGUUACCUUACAAUGUGUAGGCCUUUUAUGGCUUCUGUUAUUUAUUAUUUAAUUGGUCCUAAUUUUUUUUUUCAAUUAUGCUUGAUUUCAUAUAUCAAAAUGUUUGAAAGGUCUGCUGUAACUUUGUCAAGUCUAGUAUAUGUUGUUCAAUAUGUAAGAUGUAUGUUACCAGUUUAGAGCUACUUAACAAAUGUGUAGCUUUAUUUAUGAUAACUAUAAGCUUUAAAUUUAAUGUGUGCUUGUCAGGAAUAGUGUGAAAGUUUUGCGUAACCCUGUAGAACUGUAGAAGGCUAAAAAUACACACUAAAAAUUG